GGCACAUAGGGCAUCCCAGCAACCGCUUUGAUCCUGUGGUCUCCUGAGGCUCCCUCAAUAGUCUGGGCAGACAGGCUGAGGGACCUCGGACUACUAGAGUUCGCGUGCGUGCUCCUUGCCUGCUCCACGGUCUCCUCUGUUCUUCUCCCAGCCGGUUUCUCCCGGGCUCCAUGCUUCCGUGAGUCCCCGGGUGCGCUGCAGAGUUGGGCGAGUCUCCUUCCUCCCCGCUAAACCGCUACGGGGCAGGGCUGGGGGAGCCGCUUUCGGUUUCCUGCAAUUACCGCUUGGAUCUUUCUCCAGACCCCUCCUCUUGGCAAGCCCAGAGCACCCCGGACCCUUCAGGCAAUCGCUUCUAGAAAUUUGGAGGGAGGUGGGACUCGGUUCUCUUUGCCACUGUGCGGGAGUGGUGCAGGCGUCCUCCCGGCCGAUUGGGAAGUAGAAGUGGUGCGGUGGGCAGAGAUCCCUCGGCCAGCUGGGAACACUGGUCUUCCUGGGAGCCCUGCUGGGAGCACACAGUCCCUUGGACAUCGGGUUUGGCUCUGACUCUGACCUUCCCCGGAUGCCUCCAGAGCACAAGGUCAUCAUCGUGGGACUGGACAAUGCAGGAAAGACCACCAUUCUCUAUCAGUUCCCUUGAGAUUCCAAGUGUGGUCCACAGACUGGAAGUGGGAGCAUGAUCUGGGAGCUUGUUAGAAAUGUAAAGUCCUGGGCAGCCCAAACCCACUGGAUCAAAUCUGCAGUUUGACCAAUGAGGUGGUUCACACGUGUCCCACCAUUGGCAGCAAUGUGGAGGAGAUUGUUCUUCGGAAGACCCACUUCCUCAUGUGGGACAUCGGGGGACAGGAGGCUCUGCGCUCCACCUGGAGCACAUACUACUCCAACACGGAGUUCGUCAUCCUCGUGAUUGACAGCACAGACCGGGAUCGGCUGCCCACCACUCGGGAGGAGCUGUACAAGAUGCUGGCCCAUGAGGCACUUCGAGAUGCUUCAGUGCUGAUCUUUGCCAACAAGCAGGAUGUGAAGGACUCCAUGACCACGGUGGAGAUCUCCCAGUUCCUCACUCUCAGCGCCAUCAGAGACCAUCCAUGGCAUAUACAAGGCUGCUGUGCCCUGACUGGGGAAGGGUUAGUGGCUGCCAGACCUGGGUCUGGCCCACCAAUGGACAAGUGGUCACCAGAAUCCCUCUCCUGUCUUGGUCCUGUCAGACUCUGGCUCGUGGUUGGUGACUGGGCCAAAUCAGAUGGAAAGGGGUUGAAUUGUUGAAACUGGGUGAGAGGGUAAGCUGUGCGUCCCCAUUCUUCAGGGCCUUCUAAUGGAGAGGUAAUCCUCACACAAACACAAGGGCCAGGUGGGUCUGAUUUAGGUCUGGUGGUCAGGGAUGGCCUCUCCUAGAGAUGUGGUUUUUGAGCUGAGACCCAAACGAGACCCAAAUGAAGAGAAAGAGACAGUCAUGGAAAGACCUAGGGUCCAAAGACCUAGGGGAUGGAAGUACUAGGGAUUGAACCCAGGGAUGCUUAACCACUGAGCCACAUCCCCAGCCCUUUUUUCUAUUUUAUUUAGAGACAGGGUCUUGCUAAGUUGCUUAAGGCCUCACUAAGUUGUUGAGGAUGGAUUUGAAUUUUCAAUCCUUCUGCCUCAGCCUCCCAAGAGACUGGGAUUACAGGCGUGUGCCACCAUCUUUGAAUUUCUGCCAAGAGUCCAUGACACCAUUCCAUCAACAGAUUUUUAUCAAAUACCUACUUUGUGCCAGUAGUGUUUUGGGUAUUGGAGAAAUAGCAGAAAACAAAAUAGAAACUCCUACCUUCAUGGACCUGGAUUCCAGUGGGGGAGACAGACAAUAAGCCAAAAAAUAUGUUUAGUAAGUUAAAAAAUGAUAAAUGUUGUUGAGCACGGUGGCUCAUGCCUGUAAUCCCAGUGGCUCAGUAGGCUUAGACAGGAGGAUCAAUGGCAAGUUCAAAGUCAGCCUCAGCAAAGGGGAGGUGCUAAGUAACUCAAUGAGACCCUGUCUCUAAAUAGAAUACAAAAUAGGGCUGGGGGCAGCUAGGAUUGUGGGGGCAGCUAGGAUUGUGGCUCAGUCGUAGAGCGGUUGCCUGGCAUGUGUGAGGCACUGGGUUGAAUUCUCAGUAUUGCACAUAAACAAAGAAGGUAAAGGUUCUUUGACAACUAAAAGAAAAAAAUUUAAAAAGAAAUAGGGUUGGGGAUGUGGCUCAGUUUGGUUUGAGUGUCCCUGGGUUCAAUCCCAGGUACCAAAAAGAUAACCGUUAUGUUGGGGAAGGAAAGGGAGAUUGGUAGGAAUGUUGCAAUCUUGGGGAGUGGGGAGGGUACAGGGGCACUUAACUACUGAGUCACAUCCCUAGUCCUUUUUAUUUUUUAUUUGGGUCUCAAUUGCUGAGGCUGGUCUUGAAUUUAUAAUCCUCCUGCCUCAGCCUCCUAAAUUGCUGGGAUUACAACUGUGUGCCACCUCACCCAGCCACAAUUUUAAUUUUUGAGAUGGGGUUCUCACUUUGUUGUGGAGGCUGGCUUUGAGCUCCUGGGUUCAAGCAGUCCUCCUGCCUCAGCCUCCCCCAAAUCUGGGGACUAUAGGCAAGUGUUACCAUGUGUCCCCAGUUGAAUAUUGCAGUUUUAGAUGAGAUAUUCAGGGAGGGGCUGCUGAGAAGGUUGCUCUUGAGCACACACCUACAUUGUGGACUGGACCACCUAGGGAGGGCUCUCCCUUGAGCCUAUAGAAUUUCCUUUUCUUUCACCUCUCAAGUGGAAUGGUAGCAGCUGGAGACCCAGAUGUCUUUUUUUGUUGUUUAUUUUGUUCUGUGGUGCUGGGAGUUGAACCCAGGGCCUUAGACAUGCUGGGUGAGCACUCUACCACUGAACUACUCCCAACCUCGUAGAUAUCUUUUUGAAAAAGAGGAGACUAUAGGCAAGUCAAUACAAGGGCUCCCACAUUUCUGGGAGUGUACCUGUCUGUGCUGGAUCAGGAGGACCCUCCCCUCCCCUUCCCCUAGCUCACAGUCAGUUCAAUGCAACUAGCAUUUUCUAAGUACUCACCAUGUCAUCUCUGUGCCAGGUGAGGACUGGGGACAAUACAGAGAUGGCCAAGGCUCCACCCUUGCUCUGGAGUUGCUUAGUAUCACACAGGAAAACUUGCAUAUGGAGCUUCUUCCUAGGCCUUUGAAGUCACCCUGCCACUUCCCCUAGUGACAGAGCAGGUGGGAGGGGACAUGAGAGGCUUACCUGAGUUACUACUAAGGCAUCCAGGAAGUUGGAUCUCUAGGAUGGUUUCUCCAAGAAGCCCUCCCUGACUCCCAGGCAUCUGGAACCUUCUGUAUAUCUUCUUAACUUUAGUCCCAGUAUGUAGCUAUAGGAUUAUUUGCUGGACCAUUUGCUUAGUCUCUAUAUCCUCUUCCAUGCUGUAAGCCUCAGAGGGCAGGAUGGCUUCUCAAGAGUCACUUCAGCCCCUGGGCACAGUGGGUACUUGAUGCAUUGCAAGAACUCAAAUCAGUUUGUGGAUUAAAUGAAUAGAUGUAACUUUGGCUACUCUCUCAGUCUGCUCUGGGCAGAGGCCUUGGGCUUGAUGGCCAUCUUCUUUAUGGGAAAUGCUGAUCCUUGCCCUGUUUCUCCUCCCGGCAGGCUGCCAGCAGGGCUCCAGUGGAUGCAGUCUCAGGCCACUGCCAAAUGAUGUCCCAGCCUGAGGCCAAUGAGACAUGUUGGGGGUUCUGCAUGGUCAACAUGGGUGAAAAACUCAAAUGCCACUUUACCUUUCUAUGAUUCUCUGGUGGGAGCAGAGCCAGCUACGGACAGGUAGAUUGCCACCAUCUACCCAAGCCUUCAUUGAGGAGCAGGACUGUAAGUCCUGGAUUGAUAACAGACAGGACAACAGAAAAAACUGCCCCUCACUCCAUGGAUGCAAGUGUCCUUCUUGGAGACAUCAGGGAAGCUGUGAUGUGCUGGGGGAUUAGAAAGUGGAGCCCUCUCCUUCUCAGCCCUCAACCUGUCUGUAGGAAACUCGUGGGAAGUAAGAGGUCGUUGAAAUUGCUUCUCAUUUCUUAACAAUAUCCACCCUCUCCAGCUUUCUAGAAAGUCUCUCAUUUUUGUCCCAUACGCUUUGAGAUUCCAGAAGGAUGAAGAAGGUGGCUUGGAGGCAGGAGGGUAGGGCCAAAACCUGGGAGGGGUAGGAACUUCCCACUCCUUCUGAGAUGCUGACUCUGACUGCAGUUUAGGGGCUGUAAGCCCCCCCCCCCAGUGGUAUUCCCUUGGCUCUCAGUGUCCUUCCAAUGUGAAUCCCACUCCUCCUAAUUGUUCCAGAUUCCUACAGGACCUGCUUAUUUUGUUUUUGUGUGAUGACUUUUUAAAUAUUGCAUUGAUAUUUUAAUAAAGGAGUAAUAAAUGUCAUCAAAAAAUGUUC